UGGUACUGUAUUAUUGUAUUCUGGACAUCGAUAAGAUGUUGGAAUUCUAUCCAAUGCCCACAAAUUUGAAUCCAGUUGGUGGCAGUUUGUAUUCACUGCAACAGAAUCAUGGCGGUGCGCGAUUUUUGGAUAGUCCGAAUUCGGGUUCAAGCUCUUGCACCAAUAACAACAACAACAACAACAACAACAGCAACAGUAAUAAUAAUAAUAACAUAAGCAGCAGCAAUAUCAUAAGCAGCAGCAACAACAACAACAAUAAUUUGCACCAGCAACAACAAUUUGGCAACAAACAUUUCCGGCAACAACAUUCACAUCAACAGCAACAACAUCAACAACAUCAACAACAUCAACAACAACAUUCCGCCUCGGCCACGCCAGCAUCAAUUAACAGCUGCCCAACGCCCACAGGACAUAGCCCCAACAGCGGCAACAACAAUAACAACAACAACAACAACAACAACAACAACCAUAGCCCAAACUCCUCCGCCUGCAACACAUUAACAGCUGCUGCUGUUGCUGCUGCUGCUGCUGCUGCUGCCGCUGCUGCUGCUGCUUCUACUGUGGCAUCAUCAUCAACAGCGCCAACAACAUCAUCGUCAUCAGCAACCUCUGCUCCAGCUUCAGUCGCCUCCACAUCAUUAGCCGGAGCUGUUGCUGCUGCUGCUGCUGCGGCUGCUGCUGGUACAGCGGCAGCGUCUACAGCUGCGACGACGGCGUCGAGUACGGCAUCGAAAUUGUCUGCCGAUUGCAGUGGACGCACAGAAGUUGGUCACAUCAAAUGCGAAAAGAACUACGAACUGUGCGAAGGCUGUGGCCAAAAGAUCCAUGACCGUUAUCUAAUGAAUGUGGGCGAAGCCAAUUGGCAUGAACAGUGUCUGGCAUGCUGCUACUGUGGCAUGCAACUGCAUCACACCUGCUAUGUGCGCAACUCGAAGCUCUAUUGCAAAUUGGACUACGAUCGCUUGUUUGGGGUCAAAUGCGCCGCCUGCUGUCAUGCCAUACUGCCGCAGGAGCUGGUGAUGCGUCCCAUACCUAACUAUGUCUUCCAUCUGCCCUGCUUUGUGUGCUAUGCCUGUCGUUUGCCCUUACAGAAGGGCGAGCAGUUUAUGCUGCGCGAUGGCCAACUAUUUUGCUUUCGGCAUGAUCUGGAGAAGGAAAUGUUUCUGGCCGCAGCAGCUGCCCAGCAUUGCGGCUUUGUUGGCCUGGACGAGGAGGACCUUCUGAGGCCACGUGAUGGACGACGGGGACCCAAACGUCCGAGGACGAUUCUAACUUCCCAGCAGCGCAAACAGUUUAAGGCAUCGUUCGAUCAAUCUCCGAAACCGUGUCGCAAGGUCCGCGAAGCUUUGGCCAAGGACACGGGACUGUCGGUGCGUGUGGUGCAGGUGUGGUUCCAGAAUCAGCGUGCCAAAAUGAAGAAAAUUCAACGCAAGGCCAAGCAAAAUGGUGGCACAACCACAAAUGGGCGUGGCAAUGGCAACUCCAAUGCAGCCGAUGACAAGGAUACAAAUGAGAAGGAGGAGAAGUCCAUUAAGCAAGAGCUUGGAACGGAAAGUGGCAGCUAUCUGGGUGGGUUGGACAAUGCUUUUGCCAGCCAACCACUAAACCCCAAUUUGCCCUUCUCUCCGGAUGAUUAUCCAGCCAAUUCGAAUGACAGCUUCUGCAGCUCUGAUCUUUCGCUGGAUGGCAGCAAUUUCGAUCAAUUAGAUGAUGAUGCCGACUCGCUAUCGCUGAACAAUCUGGAAUUGCAAUCGACCAGCUCGUCGGGCAAUCAGCAUUCCCAUUCACACUCUCACUCGCAUUCCAAUCCGCACGACAUGUUGGCCAAUUUGAAUACCAGCCUGAUUAAUCCAAUCGAUAAGCUAUAUCUCAUGCAGAACUCCUACUUUAGUUCGGAGCACUAGACAUGAACGUAGAAAUAAUCGCAUCGUACGAAUUUAUUAGCGGUCGGCUCCAAAUACCCCCCCUCCCUUAAUUGUAUAACACCCUUUUGUCUGGCAGGGGUGAAGGGGCAGCUGUUACUUUACACUUA